GACGGAGCCGAGGCCGAGGCCGACGGGGCUGAGGACGGCCAGGAAAAGCAGGAGGAGGAGGAAGAGGGGUCCGUGGUUGAGCGCCCUCGAGGCACGUUCCUCUUCACCCCGAGUGACGGCCCCCAGAUGAGUGUCAAAUGCAUGAGACGUGACACUGAGAAGAUCAGCACCGUUCAGUGCCGUCUCGGAUGGAGCGGCCCGAAGUGGCUGCAGAUGGUUCAGAUUAUGGACAAGUCCUGGUCGAUAGAAGACCUCCGCCGCGCGUUCCAGGAUUCCCCGAAGGCCUUGUCACAGGCCCUGAUGGACGAGACGCUGCAGCGCAUCGUGUCCCAGGGCGUUUCGUCAAAAGCUGCUGCCGCCAUGAUUCGCGAGGAGGUGAUGCGCGACUGGAAGGGAUGA